UUUAACUAUACGAUCUUCUAUCUGCUGGGCAUUCCAGGUCGAGAAGACCUACACCUGUGGAUUUCUAUCCCCCUUUUCAUCUCCUAUGACUUUGCUCUACUUGGAAAUGGUUUCCUCAUUUUCAUUAUCCUGAUGAAGAGCACACUCCAUGAACCUAUGUAUCUUUUCCUCUGUAUGCUGGCUGGAGCUGACAUUGUCUUUGCCACAACCACAGAACCCAAGGCAUUGGCCAUUUUCUGGUACAAUAAAAGAGAAAUCUCUCUUAAUAGCUGUAUUGCCCAGCAUUCUUCCUUCAUUUCUGAAUCAGGUAUCUUGUUAAUGAUGGCCUUUGACCACUACAUUGCCAUAUGUUACCCACUAAGGUAUACCAUGAUAUUCACACACUCUCUGAUAGGGAAAAUUGGUGUGGCCAUUUUCUUGAGCGCACAUUGUACAAUUUUUCCCAUUAUAUUUCUUCUGAAGAGGCUGACUUUUUGCAGAAAUAACAUCCUCCCACAUACAUUUUGUGAACACAUUGGCUUGGCUAAAUAUGCCUGUGAUGAUAUUUGAAUAAAUAUCUGGUAUGGAUUUUUUGUCUUAAUGUCAACAGUGAUCCUAGAUAUUUUCCUCAUUUUUAUUUCUUAUGUUGUGAUCCUCUAUGCUGUCUUCCACAUCCCUUCUCAAGAUGCUGGCCAUAAGGCUCUCCACACGUGUGGCUCCCACAUGUGUGUCAUCAUCUUCUUCUAUGGGCCAGGGAUUUUCUCAGUCCUCACCCAAUGCUUUGGGCACCAUAUCCCACCACAUGUCCACAUCCUGCUGGCCAAUGUUAGCAUGCCUGCCCCACCUAUGGGGUCAGGGCAAAACAGAUACAAGAGCAAGUGGUUUAUAUAUAUUGCUUCCAAAGCAAAAAUUAUCUGGGAAUGA